AUGUAUCGCAAAUACGAAAGAGAAUAAAUAAGUAUAGAAGAUUUUUUGAUCUCUUCUUUAUCAUCUCAUACAGAAGUUAUAAUCGACUUUAGAUAUAGAUAUCAUGGAGAUUAUGAUGAGGAAAAGUAUUUUUCAGACUAUGAUGAAGAAACCUUAGUAAAAGCUUCGUCUUAAUAUGCAAUAAAAGGCUUAUAAAAUUUAAGUAAAGCUUUAGUAAAUUGCACAAAUCUCUAAAAACUGGAAUUAAAUCUUUCAAGAAGUGAAACUGGUGAUGAGAUUUCUAAAGCAUUAGGUUCAGUUUUAGAGAAAUGUUCUAAUAUAUCGAGUUUAACACUUUAAAUAAACAAAAAUAGAAUUGGAGACAAAUGCGCUUAAGAAAUAGACUCUGCUUUCGCAUACUGCCUUAAUCUGUCAUAUUUAAAAGUCUUAUUAUGUAAUAAUUUAAUUAGUGACAAAGGUGUAAUAAAUAUUUGCUCUAAUUUUGAAAAUCUAACAAAACUCUCAACACUAGACAUUUCAUUAUGUUAUAAUAAUAUUGGAGAUUAGGGGACAUCAGAUUUAGGUACUAACUUAGGAAAAUACACAAAUCUAUAGAUUUUGACUCUAUGGUUAAGAGGGUGUCAGAUUGGUUGUAAAGGGGCAUCAGGUUUAGGGCUUGGUUUAUCUAAAUGUAGUAAUCUCUAAAAACUUGCACUUUAUCUAGAAUCUAAUCAAAUCGGAGAUUAGGGAGCUUCAGAUUUAGGUUCUUCUUUAGGAAAAUGCACCAAACUCAAUGAUUUAUAAUUAGAAUUAAGAAAUAAUAAAAUUGGAGAUAUUGGGGCUUCUGGCUUAUGCUCUACUUUAUCAAACUGUGUUAGUCUCUCAAACUUAUUACUCAGAAUUUUUGACAAUUAAAUAGGCGAUGCUGGGGCAUUAGGUUUAGGUUCUUCUUUAGGUUAAUGCACUAGUAUUUAAAAUUUACUAAUUUCGUUAAGGCAUAAUAAAUUUAGCAGAUAGGGUGCAUCUAAUUUUGGUAAAGCUUUCAAAAAUAGUUAUAAUCUCUAGACUUUGGAUUUAGACUUAUUUAAAUGCUAAAUUGAUGAUCAAUUUGCCUCAGAUUUAUUUCUUAGUUUACAAAAUUGCAUAAAUAUCAAGGAAUUGGCACUUUAGCUUUUCGGUAACAAUAUUGGAAUAAUAGGUGCUUAAAGUUUCAGUCAUGCCUUAGCAAACUUUUCUAAUAUAGAAUUUUUGGAUCUAUCUUUACUGUAUAAUUAAAUUGCAGAUAAAGGAGCUUCAAUUUUAUUGAGCACAUUAGAAAAUUGUUCUAAGCUAUUAUGUUUGUUUAUUUCUUUAUAAAACAAUAAAAUAGGCGAUGAGGGAGCAAUAGGAAUAGGUAAUUCGUUGGCUAAAUGCAAUUAAAUUUAAGAAUUAAAUCUCUCUCUAGGUAAUUGUAGCCUUGAAGAAAACGCAAUUUAAAGUAAAAAUUAAAUUGGUCCAAAAGGAAUAUAUGGUUUAAGUGUUGGUUUAGCUAAAUGUAAAAGCCUAUAAAAUUUUGAAUUCAGUUUCUAUGAUAUGUAAAUUAAUGAAGAAACUGCAUCAAAUUUAGGUUAUGGCUUAUCACACUGCAAAAAUCUUUCAAAAUUAACUUUAAUUAUGAACUUUAGUAAAUCAUGUGCUAUGCUUUUGGGAUCUGCGUUAAUAAAUAGUGCUUAGCUCCCAACUUUAAAAUUGGAAUUUACAAUUGAGUAUAAUUAAGGAGAUAUUGUAUCAGAUUCAACAAUAAGAAAUAAGUUUCUGAAAAUAAGGAGAUUAGUUAAUCACGAUUUCAAUUUUUGA